ACCCUUAUCUGCAUAAACCCACCACUUUUUGAGGUCUAUCAGACGCUGUUAAGCCCCACACAGCAUCAUGUGGCGCUCAUCGGUACGAAGGGGCUUAUGGUGCUGGAGCUGCCUAAACGCUGGGGGAAGAAUUCCGAGUUUGAAGGUGGGAAAUCCACGGUGAACUGUAGCACUGUUCCUAUUGCAGAAAGGUUCUUCACCAGCUCAACCUCGCUGACUUUAAAGCAUGCUGCCUGGUACCCCUGUGCAACGUUAGAGCCCCAUAUUGUGCUCUUGACUUCAGAUAACACUGUAAGGUUUUACAGUCUGAAGGUGCCUCAGACACCCAUCAAAGUGAUUGCGCUUUCAGACACUGAGGAGGAGACGCUAACAAUCAAAAAAGGGAGAACCUACACCGCAUCGCUGGGAGAGACCGCCGUGGCGUUCGACUUCGGCCCACUAGUGCCGGUCCCAAAGAACAUCCUUGGACAGCGAGGGAGCGAAGAAGUGCUGGCCUAUCCACUUUACAUUUUAUAUGAGAAUGGAGAGACGUUCCUCACCUAUAUCAGCCUGCUGCAGAGCACUGGAAGUCUUGGCAAGCUGCUGGGCCCUCUGCCCAUGCACCCUGCUGCAGAGGAUAACUAUGGCUACGAUGCCUGUGCUGUGCUUUGCCUCCCUUGCGUUCCAAACAUCCUGGUGAUUGCCACUGAAUCGGGAAUGCUUUAUCACUGCGUGGUGCUGGAUGGAGAAGAGGAUGAUGAACAGUCCGAAAAGUCAUGGGACCCAAGAUCUGAUUUCAUUCCUUCCCUGUAUGUGUUUGAAUGUGUUGAGCUGGAACUUGCACUGAAACUGGCAUCAGGAGAUGAAGAGGAGCCUUUGGAGUCUGAUUUCUCGUGCCCAAUCAAACUGCAUCGAGAUCCGAAAUGUCUGUCUCGAUACCACUGCACACACGAUGCUGGUGUCCAUAGCGUGGGGUUGACAUGGAUCAAUAAACUGCACAAAUUCCUUGGUUCGGAUGAAGAAGACAAGGACAGUUUACAAGAGCUGGGAGCAGAACAGAAGUGCUUUGUUGAACAUAUUCUUUGUACAAAACCAUUGCCAUGCAGUCAACCUGCUCCCAUCAGAGGAUUUUGGAUUGUUUCUGACAUCCUGGGCCCCACAAUGAUCUGCAUCACAAACACCUACGAGUGCAUCACACGGCCUCUCUU